CAUAUCGUAUACAAGCUCGAUAUCGCAAGACGACACUUUCAAUACUAUCGAUAACUUUGUUUUUUAAAAAGCGCGGGAAAAAAUAGAUGGCAGCACUUGCAGCCCACAUAUUUUUAUCAGUUACGUGACGCAUGACUUCUAACUAAAUAGUUGAGCACCCGCAACUCCGAUAAUAAUCGUCUUAAGCAUACCCAAGGAAAUUUGUUUAAUAUUAUAGAAAAAAUAAUAAUUGGACAAUGGAUGCUGAUAAUGGCAAAUCAUGCUCAAAAGCUAAUGCCGAGCAGGGCGCAACUUCAAAUGUUCCUAAUGACUGUCUCGACGGACCCGGUUGGUCUCUAAAUUGCUUUCAAACGGAAAAGAGAAUCAAAGCCCAAAUGGUUACUCACCGCUAUGCCGAGGAGUAUAAAAUGUGUCAUAAGCACCGUGGCCUGGCGCUGAUCUUUAGCCAUAAGCUAUUCAAUGAGAGAGGCUUGGCAUCAAGGCCCGAAACGAGUGUGGACACCAAAAAUCUAGAACGUGUGCUCGAACAUUUGGAUUUUAAUGUAACGAUUUACAAAGAUUUGAAUUACAAGGAAAUUAUGAAAAAGAUAGCCAGUGCUGUUGCACUAAACCAUAGGGAAAACGAUUGUAUCCUGGUGGCUCUACUAACGCAUGGCAAUAAUGACGUGGUCUAUGCCAAGGACAAGUAUUACAAGCUGGAAGAAAUCUGGGAAGCUUUUAGUGCGGACAAAUGCCCCUCGCUGGCGGGCAAGCCAAAGAUAUUUAUCAUUCAGGCCUGUCGAGGCAAACGCAAGGAUCCCGGCUAUAUCCGGCAGUCUGUGGGACACACCGAAACUGACGGUGAUUCUAGUAGCAACUAUAAGAUUCCCAGCUAUGCCGAUUUCUUGAUUGCGUUCUGCACAGUACCUCAAUAUUGUUCUUGGAGUGACUCUGUGAAGGGCAGCUGGUUUAUACACAGUCUCUGCGACGAACUGGAGGCCAAUGGCAGGAGGCUGGACAUGCUCAACCUGCUCACAUUCGUUGCCCAGCGCGUGGCCAACUGCGAGUCCUAUGACGAGCAGCAAAAGCAAAUCACCUGCACCAUGUCUACUCUAACGCGAAUUUUGCGUUUUGGGGACAGUCCUUAAAAUAAAAACAAGAAGGGACAUCCCUGCCUUCUCUAAACGUUUUUAGUUAUCAAAUCGAACUAACUCAAAAAUUAUUUAAAAAAAUUUACUUUCACAAUAUAAACAAUUAAUCAACUAGCGAUGAGCUAAACUGGCGUGAUUGUGAUUAUGUCACUGUGAUUAAAGAAACGCCGCAAAACAUGUUU